AUGGGCAGGUUCAACUUCGGCAGGAGCGACUCAUCGUCGACCGAUAGCAACACUGAACGUCGCCCAUCAGCAGUCGAAGCCACGGAGAAUGUCACACGAAGGAAGAGCGUUGAUGACCACGCCGUCACAGGUGCUGGCGAAAUCACAACGAAGCAAUCCAUCAUUCCUGUGUCUCUUGUCACCAUUCUCUUCUUUAUGUGGGGUUUCGCAUACGGUCUGCUUGAUGUCCUGAACAAGCACUUCCAGGAAACACUCCACGUCACUGCUGCACAAUCAUCCGGUCUUCAAGCUGCAUACUUCGGGGCCUACUUCAUCGGCCCUCUCACAUACAGUGGUUGGAUUGUCCGCAAAUUCGGAUACCGAUGGACCUUCAUCACCGGUCUCUGCAUCUACGGCGCAGGAGCUCUUCUCUUCUGGCCCAGUGGUGUCAAGAGGUCAUUUGGUGGCUUCUGUGGUGCCAUGUUCGUUGUCGGUUCGGGUCUGAGUACGCUUGAGACGUCAGCGAAUCCUUUCAUUGCUACAUGUGGUCCUCCCAGAUGGAUGGAACUCCGUCUUAACCUCGCGCAAGCCUUUCAGGCCAUUGGUAGUGUCGUAGCGCCCGUCCUCGCAUCCUUCGUUCUCUUCAAGAACGUCAACAACAACAGCUUGCAGUCAGUGCAGUGGGUGUACCUCGGUAUUGCAUGCUUCGUCUUCGCUCUUGCGGUCGUCUUCUUCUUUGCCCCCAUCCCCGAAAUCACAGAUGCCGAUGUCGCCGCUCAGUCCGAGAAGACGGAAACUGCGACCGGAUACAUCGACAAGCCUUUUCGCCGCCAGUACACUCUCUUCUGGGGCGUAGCAGCACAGUUUUGCUACGUCGGCUCUCAAGUCGCCGUCGCCGGAUUCUUCAUCCACUACGUGACAGAGGUCAAACCUAGUCUCACAACCGCCGAUGGCUCCAACCUUCUUGCCAUCGCCCAAGCCCUCUUUGCUGUCGGUCGCUUCGUCGCAUCUCUCAUGAUGAAGUGGGUCAAGCCUCGCUACAUCCUGCUUGGCUUCUUGACCGGCUGUGUCAUCUUCAUCACUGCAUCCAUCCCGACCACCGGCGACGCCGCAAUUGCCAUGCUGUGCAUGGUGCUAUUUUUCGAGUCCUGCAUCUUUCCAACAAUCUUCACUCUCUCUCUUCGUGGUCUUGGUCGCCACACCAAGCGCGGUGCCUCCUUCCUCGUCGCCUCCGUGUCCGGCGGCGCUGUCUUCCCGCCCAUGCUCGGCGCCAUCGUCGAUGCACGCAACACAAGGAUCGCUAUGAGUGUUCCGCUUGCAGGCUUCUUGAUCGCAUACUCCUUCCCUAUCUACCUUAACUUGUUCAAGGCGAAGGAGUUGGAUGCGUUUAAUGAGUCGAAGGUAGGCGUUGAGGCUAGGCCGACCGACAAGGCUGUUGAGACAGAGCUGUUUGAGGAGAAGAAUGGUGGAGUUGGAAGAGUAGAGAAAGUCUAAGAAGACCUUGAGUGUAUUGGUGCGGGGGCAGCUUCUUGCUUGUCUAAGAAUGAGGCUCGAUGAUCUGAUAUCCUAUAGACCAUGAUAGUAAUGAGAAC